UAAAAAAAAAACUCUUUUUCUUUGAAGGACAAGCAGUCGGCAAAAAUCGAAGAGACCAACGUCGCCAAACCCAAUCCUCUGCUUUUCUUGAUCCACUGAUAAAUCAAGAAACCCAACAAACCAUGGCGGGCGAUGCGGUACGAAGCAAUCCCAAGAACAAGAGCCGGAAGAAGAAGAACAAGCGCGGUGGGACGAAGAAGAAGAUGACGGUCGAGCAGAGCGCGGCCUUCAGGUCAGUGACAGAGUGGGUCUUCUUGGAUUCUCAGUCCCCAUCUUCAUCAGCUGACGCUGCCGCUUCUUUCAUGGUGGAUGAUUUUGGUGUUCAGAAGAGCCUGGGGAGAGGUGGGCAGAGGGUGGUGUUCGAAUUGCACUGUCACUCCAAGUUCAGUGAUGGGUUCUUGUCCCCUACUAAGCUCAUUGAGAGAGCUCACCGCAAUGGCGUGAAAGUUCUUGCUCUGACAGAUCACGACACAUUAUCGGGUAUACCUGAGGCCCUAGAAGCAGCUCGGAGACUCAAUAUCAAGAUUAUCCCUGGUGUAGAGAUCAGCACUAUAUUCACUUCUUCUGGAUUGGAUCCCCAGACAGAGGAACCAGUGCACAUACUCGCGUACUACAGCAGCUGUGGGCCCACGAGGUAUGAGGAGCUAGAUAAGCUCCUCUCCAACAUACGGGAAGGCCGAUUUAUCCGUGCUCGGGACAUGGUCGCGAAGCUCAAUAAGCUAAAGCUUCCCCUCAAAUGGGAGAGCGUUGCCCGAAUUGCCGGCAAAGGUGUAGCACCAGGAAGAUUGCACGUUGCCCGUGCGAUGGUUGAAGCAGGCUAUGUGGAGAAUCUGAAGCAGGCCUUUGCUCGGUAUCUUUUUGACGGUGGGCCUGCCUAUUCAACAGGGAGUGAGCCUUCUGCAGAAGAAACAGUGCGAUUGAUACAUGAUACAGGGGGUGUUUCUGUUCUUGCACAUCCAUGGGCUUUGAAAAAUCCCGUCCCGAUCAUCAGAGGUCUACGAGAAGCCGGUCUUAAUGGACUAGAAGUCUGUAGAAGUGACGGGAAAUUGUCAGCGUACAGUGACCUAGCCGAUACUUACGGUCUUCUGAAACUUGGAGGAUCAGAUUUUCAUGGGAGAGGCGGGAACAGCGAGUCCGAGCUCGGAAGCGUAAACCUCCCCAUCAUUGCCCUCCAUGAAUUCCUCCGAGUUGCAAGACCAAUUUGGUGCAAAGCAAUAAAAGACAUUUUACAAACUUAUGCUGACGAGCCCUCUGACGUGAAUCUAGCUAGAAUCACAAGGUUUGGGAGGAUCAGGGUUUCGAAAGGAGUCUCUUCUGCAGGAUCUAGUGAAGAGGACUUGAUCGAACGUUGCCUGUCUUCGUGGUUGACAGUUGAAGAGAGGCAAAAUGCGGAGUUCAAAGUUAUUCAGUCAAAGUUUUCGAGCGUCUCGAUUCAAUAGAUGGUAGAACAGCUAAGCUCUUUGUUGCUUUUAGACCACACCAUGUAUCAAUUUGAGAAAUUAAUUCCUGCAGAUGCAGGUGGUCUUUUUGUUCCA